AUGGAGGAGCUGCAGGGCACCCUUCGGCAGGCGCAGUGCGCCGUGCUCGAGGCACAACGCGACCUGAUCGCCCUGCGCCGGAUGCGGGCCGCGGGCGACGCGGCGGACGCCGCCUUGGCGCUGCAGUCCUCGUCGCAGGCGAAGCAGGAGGAGGCGGUGCGGCACCUCGAGCACGGCACACGCCUCCUCUGCGGCCUCCUCGAGGAGAAUGACGUGGGCGUGGCAAGGCAGGCAAUGCGGCGCUACUUUGAGGGCCAGCUUGAGCUGCAGCGGCGGCGGGAGGCAGAGUUUCAGCUGCAGCUGGCGGGCAGGGACAGUCAACUGGCCGCUGCGCAGGAUGCCGCGGCAGGUUUGUUUCAGCGGGCGCUUUCGCGGCGGCUGCAGGCGCGGCUGCUGGGUCGUUGGUUGCGCCGGGCCCUUGGCGCCUGCGCGGAUCGUCAGCACGCGGAGAGCGGGCGUCAGCUCAAGAGGCUUCGUGACACCAUCGCCAGUCGGUACGCAGCGACCAGGUCGAGCAGGGAGCGGCGAGCGCGGUGCUUUUACCGCUGGCGGGCGCAGCGGCUUCAAGCCGCGUUAGAGACGCAGCGUCGUCGGGCAGUGGAGCUUGAGGCGGAGCUUCGGCGCUCCGAGCAGGAGCUGCGGUGUGCCGCGUUGGACUUUCAGCAGCACGUCUCCCGCGAUGGGGCGCAGGAACGCCGCGCGCACGAUGCGAUUUCCCGCCUGGAGCAGGAGCGCGAGGAGGAGGUGGUGCGCCUCAAGAACGCCAUGGACGAGAUGGCGUACGAGUUUAGUGAGCGCACGAGCAACUACGUGCGGCAACAGGAGGAGUUGGCGCGGCACUACGCGGAGCGGGAGCGGCGGCUGACGCACCAGCUGCUUGCCGCGGAGGCGAGGGGCCGCAAGGAGGAGGAGCGAGCCACGCAGCUCGCAGCGGCAACGAGGGCGCGGCUGGCAUCGCUUGCCGCAGUGGCGCGGGAGGCGUGGACUGCGGCGGACACGUGCGUGUCGGCGAAGGUUGAGCUGCUCCACCGUGCCUCUCGCGCCCUGCUUUGCGAGGCGGGGCGGCGCAGCGCCGAGCUGACGGAGCGGCUGGUGGAGCUUGCGGAGCAGGCCGGCCUCGUCGCCCCGCUGAGCCGGCGCGUGGCGCUCCUGCAGGGGCGCUGCGAGGUUGCCGAGCGGCACCUUGACGCGGCGCGUGCGGAACUCCAAACUCAAGUGAGGCAUCUGCGCCGCAGAGCGACGGAGGGGGCGACGCUGCUGCACCGUGCCCACGCCGCGGGGCAACUGCGGCGCAACUGGGCGUCAUGGCGACUGCACGCGGUGCACCGGCGGCUUGCGCGGGUGCGGCAGGCGGCGCAAGUGGAGCUGGAGGAGGCGAAGCGGGAAGUUUGGGCCACGGCGGCGGGGUGGCAGGCACGGCGGCACUGCGCCGCAGUGGAGGAGUUUCUGCAGGACGAACCCUUCCGCCGCCGCUGCCUCACGGCACUGGAGGAGGCCGCACGACAGUCGUUGUGCCACAAGGCAGAGCGUGAGGUCGCGGAGACGCGCGUGCGCGCGGAGCUCUUGGAGGAGGCGCGGCAGUCUGCGUGGCUGCGGGAAACUGUCUCCAGGCUAACGGCCCACGUCGAACUGUGGAAGCAAACGGCCAAAGACGCUCAGCUGACACAGCUGCAGGAUGGACAAACAGCUCAGUUCGUGCGGUUUGCUGCCAUGGAGCACGAGGAGCGCCUCGCCCUGCACCACGAGGAGCUCUGCGAGCAGCAAAGUCUGCAGCAAGGGCUCUGCGCCUUGCGUAUUGGGGCGGUGCUACAUGAGGAGCGGCAGGCGCUGCGGGUGGAGCUCGACGGUGCGGCGGGGCGCCUGCAGGAUAUGGGCUGCCUCCUCGUUGAGUACUGCGCACGGGAUGCGUUUAGCCGCUGGCUGCUCUUUUCUUUCAGGAGAAAGGGCCAAAGAGGCGAAAAGCAUAUGUCGGCGAUCGCCGGGGCCGCUGCGUCUUGGCUCAGCGCCUCGACGGGGUUGCUGGCAGGCCUGCAUGACGCCAAACUGAAGCUGUUUUUCCUCCACACGCACCCGAUUACCGCUUCGCUGGCUACGGCGGCAGAAUUGUCUGCGACCGACGCGGCAGCCGCCAGGGUAGCGAUGGAGAACACACAAGCGGCGCAGAACACACGUGGCGCCGCCGACCUGCGGCGGUACGGCGCACUGUGGGUUACCUUCGCUGCGACUGCCGCGAACUGGUUUGCGAGGCGUGAGUGCCUCUGCUUGGAGUUCUGCCAGGAGGUGUGCGCCGCCGCCGCCGCACCGGUCGCGCAGGCAAUGCGGCUUCUCUCCACGGAACGGUUGCUGAUGGCCGAGCACGUGCGCGUCGUCGUGGAGGAGAUGCGUGCCGCCACCACGGAGGCCCUCGAGGCGCAGCGGGAGCGACAUGAGACUUUGCUUGACGAGUUAGUGCAGUACCAAAACUUCCUCGAGGACAGAAUUGCCACCGCGGGGGUUGUAGACGAGGUCGCGGAGUCAAGAAACGUGCGAGAGCAGCACGAGGCGUACGAGGCACGUGCGCGGCGGGACAUGGCGGAGAUGGCGCGACACAUCGAGUCGCUGCAGGCCGAGCUGAGGGCCAGCAACGAACGCCACGAGGAGGAGGCGUGCGCGCUGCGUUCCCGCCUGCGCGUGCAGGAGGAGGAGGCGCAGCAGGCCGCCGCACGGACGCGUUCGAGGCACGCGCAGGAGGUGGCGGAGCUGCGGGCAACGGCGGAUGGCCUUCGGGCGGCGUCGGUGGAACGGCACGAGGCGCUGGACGGCAUCGCGAGGCAGUACGAGCGUGUGUUACUGGCGUUUCAGCAGAACUUGGCGGGCCGUCGCUCGGUUUUUCUCGCCGCCGCCGGCAUGCUGCGGGACGUGGAGUACUUUUCGGCGGAGCUCCUGCGUCAGUCGGAAGCGGACCUGCAGCAGCUCUCCGAGGCGCGGCGGCAGACGGGCACGGCUGAGGAGCUGCGUGAGCUGCAGGCGGUGCACGAGAGCGAGACGGCGGCGCUGACGAGGGCGUUGCAGACGUCGCAGGAGCUGUCGGAGCGGAGGUGUCGUGAGCUGCGAGAGCAGCACGAGGCGUACGAGGCACGUGCGCGGCGGGACAUGGCGGAGAUGGCGCGACACAUCGAGUCGCUGCAGGCCGAGCUGAGGGCCAGCAACGAACGCCACGAGGAGGAGGCGUGCGCGCUGCGUUCCCGCCUGCGCGUGCAGGAGGAGGAGGCGCAGCAGGCCGCCGCACGGACGCGUUCGAGGCACGCGCAGGAGGUGGCGGAGCUGCGGGCAACGGCGGAUGGCCUUCGGGCGGCGUCGGUGGAACGGCGCGGGGCGCUGGACGGGCAGCAGCCUUCCUCCUCUGCGCUGCGGCGGCAGCUGCGUGAGCUUCAGUUGGAGAAGCAGUGUUCCCGCUGCAGGCUGCAGGAGGCCGAGGGCCGACGCACGCUGUUGUGCGAGGCGCUGCAGGGGAUGCGGGAGGUGUGCCGUGUCAUUCACAGGGCGCUGGUGGCGGCGGCAGAGGAGCAGGCGCGCCCCAGCGACUGCCGCGGCACGACACAUUUCUGCCGCUGGCUGAUGGACGGCGCCACGAGCUUUGCGCAGGCGGUGGCUGCGGCCGCCUGCGAGGCCUUCGACGCGAAGAGUCGUCUGGUCGUGGCCUGCGGCGUGGGGGUGCGUGGCGAAGCGCGGCCCGGUGUGACCGACGUGCCCGCCGCACAUGUGCCGCGGGGGGAGCAGAGCCGUCGUCCGGCCGACGCCUCGCUCGCCGUGGCGACUCCCCUGCGCCGCUCCGUCUCCACGAAUGACGUGACGCGGUCAAUGCUGCGGUACUCGAAAAUGCUGAACGAGCAGCGUUGCAAGAACAACACACGCCUGCAGCGGCUUGACGGACUCGUCACGCAGUUCGACGACUUGAUCGAGCGCGGCCGUGCCGUGUCGCGGCUGGAGCGCAGCGCCUCGGCGAACGACCGCGACCCCGCUGUGCCGCGCGUUAGCGAGCGCCACGCUUCGCCCGCACUGUGA